GCAGCAAAGGCGUUGUACUUUUACGGACCUAUGGGUAUCACUGUUAUCUGCAAUAUUUGUUUAUUCAUCUCUACGGCAUUAAAGAUCGUGCGCCAUAAAAAAGACACAGCUCAUCAUCUAAGAGGUUCGGAGAGUCAGCGUCACGAUGAUAAUAAACAAUGGUUCAAUCUAUAUUUGAAGCUGUUUAUCGUGAUGGGCAUAAAUUGGUCUAUGGAAAUAGUGUCGUGGUUGUUCAAGGAUGCAGCACCAGAAUACAUCUGGUAUCUUACCGAUCUGACAAAUACUCUGCAAGGACUCAUUAUUUUCAUCAUUUUUGUGUGGAAGGAGAAGAUCAAGCGACUGUUGCUGAAACGAUUUGGUUGUCAGACUCGCGGUCCAUUUUCUAGAAAUUCGACACGAAGCGGUUACCUUAGCUCGGCUUCGCGUACCUGUACCACUACGUCAGGAGUGAUUCCCCUGCAGGAAAAGAUUAGUCCUUACGUGCAAGGGAACUGUCGUGGUACGAAGAAUUCAUCUGACGAAGCUGAUCCUUAGAUCGGGAUUCAUAAUCAGUUCUAAUAUUUAAGAUAGUUUUAAGUACAAUCUUAAGAUGUCACUAACCACAGAGUCGUAUCAACAUCUUAAGAGAAUGCUGAAUAAGAUUUGUUUUAUCGAUAAAUCUUUAUUGGCUAUACAGAAUGAAAAAUCU